AUGAAGGUCUCUUUCUUCGCUAUCCCAGCAUUCAUUGCCGGUGUCUUCGCCGGCCCCAUUGCUCGUGACGCUUCCUCUGCGGAAGUCAACGCUCUUGUUGCCAACCUCCAACAGAGUGUCCUUGCUCACGAUGCUCACAUCAACUCCACCAUCGCUCAGAUGAACUCCGGGUCCACCGCGGAGCAGAAUGCAACCGCCAUCGCGUCCAUUCAGAAGGAUCUCGAUGCCAUCUCCAUUAGCUUCGUCCAGGCCAGUCAGGCUGUCCCAUCCCAGAAGACCAGCCUUUCUGGACGUUCGGACCCUACGAAACCAAUCGAGAAUGCCAUUCCAAAGCUCGAGAAGACGAUCGAUGACCUGAUCUGCACGAUCAAGGCCCUCCUUCCAUUCGUCGGUAACGGCGCCCUUGGCCCAACUCUCGACAACCUGAACGCACUCGUCGAUGGCCUGCUCUUCACCCUCACUCCUCUUCUUGCUGGCCUCCUCGAUCCACUUCUCACCGGUGUCGGCUCUCUCCUCCAGUCUCUGUUGACUUAG